AUGAUUAUUGGAUCAUUCAACAUUAGAGGGGGUGGCAAUGCUCUUAAGAGGAGAAGAAUUAGUUCUUUGGUGAUUAAGAGUAAAGCGGAUAUUUUUUUCAUUCAAGAGACAAAAUUGACUAACAUGCAUGACUUUGUGGCGAAGAUUUUUUGGAAUCGUAAAGACAUAGGUUUUUCGUAUUCUAAUUCUUUGGGUAGAUCGGGAGGCCUUUUAACAUUGUGGAAAGAGGAUAUGUUUGAUGUUUUAUUGAGCUUUAAAGGGGAGGGUUUUCUUGGUGUGAAAGUGUGCAAGAAUAAUAACUUCUUUUAUUUGAUUAAUGUGUAUUCUUCUUGUGAGAUUGUCAAAAAGAGAAGAUUAUGGAGUAAGCUUUUGGAGUUGAAACAAAUUUUCAAUGAUGGCGAAUGGAUUAUAGGAGGCGAUUUUAAUGCUAUUAAGGUGCGGGAGGAGAGGAAAGGUAGAGGUGUUUUAUCUAAUGCUAAUGCAGCGAUUGAGUUUGCGGAGUUUAUUGAGAAAAGCUUGUUGGUGGAUGUUCCUUGUAAGGGAAAAAUAUUCUUGGUAUAG